CUCUUCCUUAUUGCUUGUACGAAUAUCUCUUUUGUUAACUCAUCAAAUUGAUUAUCUUGUCUCCUUUUAUAGAAACUUGUCAAAGUAUGAAGAAGAACAGAAAGGGAACCAAAGACUAGUAAAUGAACUAACAGAGAAAUCAGUGGAGUCUGCAGCAGACCUGUUAAAUUUACAAGAUCAGCUGAAACAAAUGGAGAAAAGUACCAAGUCCAAAGAGAAGUCUUGGAAGGAAUACAAAGCUAAGAUGGAAUCCAGAUUGAAUGAUGAGUGUCAGAAGCGACUAAACUAUCAAAAGCUAUAUGAAGAAGCCCUGACGAAUCAGUCUGUGUUAAAUCAAGAGAUAGCUGACUUAAAACUUACUUUACAACAAACACAACAAGUACUUGACAUGGAGCUAGGCAGAAGAAGAGCGAACUCAUUUCCUCGCCUGGAUUCUUUAACAAACGAAGAAGAGUCCCCUGCGUCACAGACAACCCAGCAAGGUGAUGAAAGGACAUUACUAACAAACACUGCUAUGGACGAAACCAGUAGCACGAUUGUUAUGAUAGCUCAGAGCAAGAUGCUGUUUGAUCGGCUGGAAGUAGAGGCCAAGGAAUUAGAAGAGUCCUAUCAGAAGUUCCAGUCACGAAUAAAUCAAAUGGAACUCGAUGUCUAUCCUACGAUUCGCUCCCUGGAUUUACAAAAUCCCACUCAAAGCUCAAUCGAAAGCACUUCAUUUGAAUAAAAAAACACUUGCAUGUAA